AUGAGGUUCAAUAUCAGUAUCAGUAUCUGGGCCAAUAUCGUUGAUGAGAAGACGACGAACGACAACAACAAGAGUAGAGAAAAAAUUAAUAAAAUAUUCAAGACAAUUUAUUGCUGUGAAAGCUUUGCUUAUUUUUUUUACGAUUGUUUGGGGUGCAGUUGUGCAAUAAAAUCAACGUUAAAUAUACCAAGAGCUUGUAAAGCUUAA